AGUGAGCCCUGAGUGCUCAGUGGCAGGAGCAGUUGCCAGUGUAGUGCACUCAGCAGUGUGGUGUGACAGUGUCAGUCUGUUACUGGUGCUAAUGGAUUGGGAAUUUGUGUAAAUGAUUUUCAGUUUUCGGUUCAUAAUAUGGAGGAAAUAAUAAUGACAUGUGGCUUUCUCAAGAUUUAUGUUAAGUGUGAUUAUUGUAGGAAAUUGUAGUUGUGGUUAUAGUGAAGUGAAUGCACCAUUUGAAUGGAAAUGAAAAUUUUGAUUCAGAUCUGUUUUUAAGUAUUGCUGAAGAAUUUUACAAAAAUGAGAUUGUUGUUGUUAACCAGAGAUGUCUUGUAAUCAUAAUUGCCAGUGCGUAAUAUGCAAGGAACUUGACGGAUUUUAUCUUCAUGGAGAUUUUAUGCAUUCACAAGUGUCAAAUAGUAAUUUCAUCCUUAGACGACCUAAAGGAGGCACACAGCAUAAGGAUAUUAUUCAUCGAGACAGGCAAACUAGUUCAUUUUCAUCUAUUUUGGACAAAACAUUUUACUUUAUAAAACCCCAAAGGAAGUUUUUACCUAAAGUGAAACUGUCAAGGACACCUAAAAAAUUUCAACAAAGGUUUGGGGUAGAUAUGGGUAGUAAUAUGUGGCAUUUGUGUUCAGAUUGGUCUUCUUCCAGUCCUGUCGAUCAUAGAACACGAAAUUUUGCAACACACUUUAAAAAUCCUCUAAUAAGUGGAACUUACAAUGCAGACAGUGAGAAUACUAGUUGUGUGUCAAUGGCUAACUGUGAAAGUGAAAUCAAACAAGACUGUGAAUCACAGGGUGGGUAUUCUUACAAUCCAGAGACUUCUUAUGAACAGCUGAGCAUAAAUAGUGAAAGUGAGAAAAGUAGUUCAGAAACGGAUUCAGCUAGUGUAAGCAGUAUCACUUACUGUGAACCAAAACAUGACAAUUUCUUUAGUUGUGAGUGCAAAUGUAAUUUUUUAAAUGAAAACAUACUUAAAAUACCUAGCAUUGAUCGUAUAGAAAUUGGGGACAGAGUUAUAGUGAAUGAUUCUCACGACAGAAAUAUUGAUCAUUUAAUGGAGAAGCUACAAAGCAUAGAACUGUCAGAAACUCUUGCAGCUGCUGAAGAUAAAUCAGUGGUCAACAGUCAGAUUUCACCAGCCGUUGGGCCGGGAGGUGGAAGCAGAGAAAUCCUUCCAAAUGGAGGAUAUCCAGUGUAUCAGCACCAACAACAACAGCAGCAGGCCAGCAGUACUGUGGGCCACCAUGAAUUUUCGCAGAGGCUCUCAAACAGUCAGCCCCAGAGCCAGUUGACACCAUUGCGAUCUCAAAGCAGCAAACUGUCAGAUGAGAAGAACUUCAGCCUCUGCACAACGGCAAGCCCAGCCCCACCACCAGCGCUGUUGCGGGGAUGUCCUACUCCUUCGAAGGCUGUUACUGCACCUACCUCGCAGACACCAUUACCGGGAAAGUCAGCAGAUACUUCUGUUGAAUCUGUUGUUGAGCAGCUGGUACCUGAAAGAGAUACAAAUACCAGUGCUUCAGGUAUAGCCAAAGGGUUUUCAGCUGCAGACUUAUGUGGAUCACCUGGCAACCAUGACAUGAAACGUGUAGCAGCUACUGAAGAUACUGCAAUAGCACGGAAUUUUAAGCUGCAGCAUCAUCAGCAGCAACAACAGCAGCAGCACCAACAACACAAACUUGCUGUACAGGGAAACAUUUCUAACUCUGCAAUGUGUAGGCAACAGACUAUUAGUGGAUCAGCUACGGGUACACCUGUUGCAAGAACCAUGGGAAUGGGAGGAACUAGUCAUCUCCAUCAUCAUCUCAGUAUAGAAGAGCUUCGCCUGGUACAGCGGAGACAAGAUUCUAAUGGGAGCUCAUCUGAUGAUGGUGCACGAAGUUCUGGCCAUGCUAGCAUGUCGGAUGGGCAUCUUAGUUCAUCACCAUCCUCUGAACGUCAUCAGCAUUACAGGUCACCGUUGAACUCUGUACCAGAAGAUGAGAGGUUGUCUGCUAGUGUGAUGCCAAAUCAGUCACGAACAAAUCGAAAAGCUACCCAUAACCGAAGUCGCCACAGAGCUACCCCAGCCAAGUUGGUUCCGGCUGGCUCAGGGCUGGAAGACAUCAAACUUGCUAUCCAGCAGCUGACAAUGAGAUCACACACGUCUAAUACUGGGUAUUCCACAUCUACGUACUCCAGUCUGAGUGGCAGUGAGUCCAGUGAGCCAGCAGUACGUCGGCUGAUGAGACAUUCUUCUCUUGAGACAAUAAAUACUAACGUUACCAGUGCUGAUGAAUUUGUUUGGGUGGAUUCACACAACAGACUUGUGGAACUCCAACAUCUUCCUUGGUCAAAUCAUGACGUACUAAAAGUCAUACAGAAUGGUCGAUUAAAGGAGCACAUGGAACGUGUCAGCAUGGAGACUGUCCCUCGUCUGUCAUACCUGUUGCAGAGAGCACUAGUGCGCAUCGGCCGUGAGGCACAAAGGCUCUCUCGCCCUCUUGGCAUGUGCAGCAAACAAGAAGUCAGUUCUGCUCUCCGAAUCACCUUAUGUCCUGCACUUGCUGAUUCCUGUACAAAGGCUUGUCUGCGCGCUGCUGCUAUGUUUGCUGUAUCUGGUGAUUCACAACUCAAGCAGAGCAAGUCAUGCCGAGCCGGUCUGCAGUUAUCUGUUGGCAAAUUUCAGCGCUGGAUGGCUGAUGUGAGACUGGGAAAAUUUAUCCAUGAAUAUGCUGCUGUCUACUUGGCUGCUGGUAUCGAAAAUCUGCUAGAAGAAAUAAUUUUGCAGUGUCUGCCAAAUGAAUGUGACACUAUACUUUCUGCAACAAUGUUUGAACAUGCUAUAGCAAAUAAUGGUGACUUGUGGGGUCUUCUACAGCCAUAUGCUCAUCUUAAUGCUGGAAGAAUUGCUUCAGGUGCUCUUGCAAUGCCUCGCUGGCCAAGUGUGUCUAGUGUGGGGUCAGAUGCCACUCAGGUGAGUGGUAAGUCUGUGGAACAGUCACUGCUGACCACAUGUGUUGGAUCAGCACAGGAGUUGACGGAGCUGUUGGCACGCACUGCUGGCAGUCGACCUCUCACUUGGACACCCGCUGCUAUACAGGCUCUUUUCUACUUCAUGAGGUGCUCACAGCUGGAACAUGCUGAAUACUCAGCCCCAAUCCAGGAGCUUGUUUAUGAGCGAGCAUAUGUUGUGCUACCACCUUUGGUUGAGUGGCUGCGAGUGGCAUCUGCCCAUGCUGAUCAUCGCCAUGCUCUUCAUGUGGAUCACGAUGAUGUAUUUCAGGCUGCUCGGCUUUUGCUACCUGGGGUAGACUGCCCUGUACGACAAAUUGGAAUAGAGGAAGCUGUAUGUUCAAAGAGACACUGUGAUGAGCAAGACUGUGUACGAAAGUUGAAAACAGAUUUAGCAUUUAAAAUGCUAAGCAGUGGCCGUUCAGAUCUUAUUCCUCAUGCUUUGCAGCUUUUGCCAGCAAAUAAAAAACUGAACAGUGUGAAUGAGCAUGGAAUGACUCCUCUCAUGAUAGCAGUUAUAUCCCAUGAUGAAUCAUGUGUACGUAAUCUGCUGGAUGCAGGAGCAGAUCCUGACAUUGAGACACCUCCUCAUGGUUCCACUAACUGUCCAGCAGUGCAUGCAGAGACCCAACACUGGACUGCCCUUACAUAUGCUGCCCUCCAGGGGGAUUGUAAUAUAGCACGGUUGUUGUUGGAACGUGGUGCUAAUGUUGAGGGUGGUGCUCGUCUCAGUGAGGAUAAGUGCACACUUACUCCUUUGCAGGUGUCAGUAGCUAGUGGUCAUGCUGAAAUGGUGGCUCUCCUCUUGUCACAUGGAGCACAUACUUUCUUAUCCACAUUAUUGAAGGAUACCCUGUGUUACUCAGGUGCAGCUCAUCGUGGAUGUUACAGUGCGAUCUCAGUUGCAGCAGCUCAUGGACAACGAUCAACUCUCCAUAAGUUGCUGUCCCACCCUCUGGAUGUCAACAACAAAGAAGUUCUGUCACUUGAAGAGAUUUUGGCAGAAGGAGCAAACCAGCUAACUGCUGAUCGCCGACAGUGUGGGCGUCUUCAGGUUUCUAGUUCCUCCACUCCUGAAGCUAGUGGAUGCUCCUCUAGCAGUGAAAGUGCACAACCACUGAAAUUAAGCAAACCUCAGGUUAAAUCAUUACAGGAAGCAAUGUACCACAGCGCAGAGAACAAUCAUCUUGAUAUAACUCUGGAUCUACGGAACCUGGGUAUCCCAUGGACUCUUCACUGUUGGAUGCAUACAUUGGCGACAGCACACGAGCAACGUCUAGACAGUGUUAUUGAUCAACUGCUGCAAGAUUUUCUUCAAGUCUGGCCUGAUGAUUACUCCACUCAGUUUGUCGACGAGUGUUUGCCUCUACUGUUUAAUAUAUUUAGGUUUAGCAAGAAUGAAGGCACAAUAUUAUUGUUGGCUGAUAUAUUUUCAACAUGCUAUGGCUGGGAAGCAAUUAAAGCCAUUAGAGACACUUCUUUCUCUGGCGGUACAAGAAUAGACCCCAAGUUUGUAAAUAAUCCAGAAUUAAGUGACGUGCAGUUCAGAGUGGAAGGACGUGUGUUUUAUGGACAUAAAAUAGUACUUGUCACAUGGUCACCAAGAUUCAGAGCCAUGCUUAGUUCUAAACUCUGUGAUGGAAAUCCCCCAGUUGUGCACAUAAAUGACAUACGAUAUCACAUAUUCCAGUUAGUGAUGCAGUAUUUGUAUCAUGGAGGCUGUGAAGGUUUACGAGUAGAGCCAGCAGAUGUGCUUGAGCUUAUGGCUGCUGCAAACUUCUUCCAACUUGAUGGCUUGCUGAGAUUUUGUGAAGCACAGUGCUCUGGAAUGGUGGACCUAGACAACAUUGUGUCUAUGUAUAUACAUGCCAAGGUUUAUAAUGCUAGUGAACUUCUGGAGUACUGUCAAGGCUUUCUGCUGCAGAAUAUGGUGGCACUGCUAACAUAUGACGAUUCUGUAAAGAGACUGCUGUUUGGCAAAAAACUUCACAGCCAUGAUGUGUUAGCUGGACUCUUGCUUACUCUUCAAGCACGCAUCAAAGCGCGUAACAUGUCAGCAAGCCCACAGCGACCAAAGGCCAAAUAGCACCAGUGCUGACACUAUGAUCCACAUAUAUCUGUGAUGUCUUGAUGUAUUGGAAAUAAAAACCAUCUCAAUAGA